AUGUCUCAAGGUCCGAGGACCUUUCAGCGACUGGAGAAGCUAGGUGAAGGCGCCUAUGCAACAGUCUUCAAAGGUCGGAACAACCAGACCAAUGAGUUGGUGGCCCUGAAGGAGAUCCACCUCGACCCCGAAGAAGGGACCCCGUCCACUGCGAUCCGUGAGAUCUCCCUGAUGAAGGAGCUCAAUCACGAGAACAUUCUGGCUCUGCAUGAUGUGCUCUACACGGGUGACAAGCUCGUAAUAGUGGCGGAGUACAUGGAAAAGGACCUAAGACGCUUUAUGGACGACCAGGGUGGUGCUCUUGACCUCCCAACUGUCAAGUUCUUUACAAGCGAAAUGCUGCGAGGCAUAGCCUACUGUCACGAAAAAAGCGUCCUGCACCGGGAUCUUAAGCCCCAGAAUCUGCUUAUUGGUCGGGAUGGACGUUUGAAGUUGGCAGAUUUCGGCCUCGCUCGCACCUUUAACCUUCCCGCCGGCACUUUCGCGAACGAUGUGGUCACCCUCUGGUAUCGACCUCCGGAUGUGCUAUUGGGGAGCUGCUCUUACACCACCUGCCUCGAUAUCUGGUCGGCGGGCUGCAUCAUCGCCGAGAUGUACACCGGUGACCCUUUGUUUCUGGGCAACAACGAUAACGACCAGGUGCUCAAGAUCUUUCAAGUGAUGGGUACACCGACCGAACAUACUUGGCCAGGUGUCAGUCAGUUGCCACAAUUCAACCCCUAUUUCCCUAUGUACUCGCCCCAAGAUCUGGGACAGCUGAUGUUCGGUAUGGGGUAUUUCGGGACCAAUCUUCUAGAGCGCAUGCUUCAAUUGCGACCAGAGCUACGAAUUAGUGCCGUCGAUGCGCUACGCCAUCCAUGGUUCCAGGAUUUCUUUUCUCCGGCAGCCCCAUCAGGCCAAUACACACACCGCGUGUAUAGACUUGUCUAG